AUGCCCGUUGGCGUCGACAACAUCCCCCUCGACACCGUCCCGACCUUAGACGAUACCCCGGGCCUCCCCCGCCUAAAGUACAACAUGAUGGACUACAAAUGGAAGCUCAUCGUCGUCUCCUCCCUGCUCGUCAUCGAGUCUUCCCUCCUCCCCAUCGCCCUCUUCUACGGCCUAUGGUACGGCACCGACCUCCGCCACGGAAUCGUCUUCGCCAUCAUCACCGCCUUCUUCGGUCUAGUCACCGGCAUCGAAUUCGGUCUUCGCUCAUUAAAGCUCAUCCUCUCGCGCGACGAAUACCGCCCGCUCGGCACCGAUCCCGUCAAAGACCGCUGGAAAUUCGACUUCACCCACAUGACGCUAUCGUUCGGGUACACGUACAUGACGGGCAUCUUGAUCGGCGCCUCGAUCCCCCACGAGCCGAUAGUAAAACCGCUGGCGAUGCCGGUUCCGCUGUUUUUUAUCCAGAUGGGCCUGCAAUUGUUGUGGACUGGAUGGGCGAAUAGGAAACACAAGAAGGCGCCGUGUAGGAUUAGUUCGGUCCCCAAGGGAGGGAGGGUGCCGCCGUUGGUGUUGACUAUUGUGGAGGAUAUUGUUGCUGUUGAUGGUGCCGGCGGGAAGGAGUAUAGGAGGGCAAUCAACGCCAGGUAUGAAGUCAGCAAGAGGUUUAGGGAGAUGGUGGCGAGGCAGAAUUGGUUUUGGGGAGUGGGAGCGCUGGUGGAUGGGGUGGCUACGAUGAUUGUCAUUUGGACGAUACCGCAGGAGAUUGCGUAUGGUGUUGCUUGGGCGAGCCCCCUUAUCUUCUCCGCGAUAUGGACCGUCAUCACCGUCAUCUGGGUCAGACGAGAUCUACGACGAGAAAAGGCAGAGUGGCGAGCAAAUUCCGAGCCGUCAUUGUCGAAUGCAGGGACAGACACACAGGAGAUGCAAGAACGGAGUGCUGUCUAA